AUGUGGAGAGCUCAAAGUCCCCCGGGGAAGGCGCGGGAAGAAGGCUGCAUUGGGAGAGAAGCUCACCUCUCCCAGCCUAGAGGCCCUGGAGGUGGAGAGCCGGGGGUGUGGUGCUUGGAAUCCUGGCCGUGUCCCCUCCCACCACAAGCCAGUCCACUGCUGGAGAGUGAGUUACCGCGCAGAGCCCGGCGGCGGGCUGAGCUUCUGCAGUAUGAGAGCCGCUACCCAUUCCAGCCGUCUUUGGACCUGGGGCGAGCAGCCGCUGCAGCAGCCCCAGCUCGGCCUGCUCCGCCCAUGUAUGUGCCGUGGGCGAGCCGGCAGCGGGGCCGGCGCGGAGGCCGGGGGCUGCCGGGGACAGCCUGGCUCCUGGUCACAGUUAGCCUGACAUCGCUAGCCAUCUACUUCUUCUUGGGCCAGUUGCCUCCAUCGCCCUGGGAAUACCUGCAACCCUUGGCCCCGCCGCCGCCUGUCACCGUCCUCCUGUGGUGGGAGCCCUUCGGGGGAAAUGGCAGACCCCACAGCCUAGUCCCAGACUGCCAGCGCCUAUUUAACGUGAGCGGCUGCCGCCUGCUCACAGAUAGGAGAGCCUAUUGGGAAGCCCAGGCUGUUCUCUUCCAUCACCGAGACCUUGUGCAGAACCAGGACUGGCCCCCGCCACAGAGUGAACUCGGAGAUGAGCUGGAGCUGGAUACAGCAACUGCUGGAGCAGUAGGUAGAGUUUCUGCCAGCGGCCAGCCGGCCAGGCCCCCUGGGCAGCGCUGGGUAUGGAUGAACUUCGAAUCCCCUACCAACACCCCGAACCUGGAGAGCCUCGACGGCAGCCUCUUCAACUGGACACUCUCCUACCGGGCCGACUCAGACAUCUUUGUGCCCUACGGGUAUCUGUACCCCAGGAGCAGCCCCGGGGACCAGCCUUCGGGGCUGAUCCCAUCGCUGGCCCGAAAGGAGGGGCUGGUGGCCUGGGUGGUCAGCCACUGGGUGGAGGGGCAGGCUCGGGUCCAAUACUACUACGAGCUGCGCCAGUAUGUGGAAGUGGACGUGUAUGGCAACGGUGGUCCUGGACAGCCACUGCCGGACGUGGGGCUUCUGCAGACAGUGAGCCGCUACAAAUUCUACCUGGCUUUCGAGAACUCUCAGCACCUGGACUACAUCACGGAGAAACUAUGGCGGAAUGCCUUCCUGGCAGGGGCAGUGCCGGUGGUGCUGGGGCCCAGCCGGGCCAACUACGAGCGCUUUGUGCCUCGAAAGGCCUUCAUCCACGUGGACGAUUUUCCCAAUGCAGCUGCCUUGGCCACCCACCUUCGCUUCCUGGAUCGAAACCGGAACGAAUACAAGCGUUAUUUUGAGUGGCGCCGGCGUUAUGCCGUGCACAUCAUGUCUUUCUGGGACGAGCCCUGGUGUCGGACCUGCCAGGCUUUGCAGAUUGCUGGAGACGAACCCAAGAAAAUGAACAACUUGGCUACGUGGUUUCGGAGAUGA